AUGGUGCACAUGAACAAAAGGGACAGGGAAGAGCACAUCUGUACUGCAUUCCAAUACUUCGACCAGGAUAGCAGUGGGUACAUUACAGAAGAAGAGAUGGAGCAAGCCUUACAGGAGCUGAAGUUGUACGGUCCGAGAAAUACAAGCAUGGCAUCGCUAAAGCUGAUUUUUACGAUGUGGGGGUCAUUCAUUAAGUUUCGGUGUAAGCAAGGUGUGAUGAGGUUUUCCUGCAAAGUUUACAAGGGGAAAUAA